CCGGCGCGCAAUCCGGCGUCGGUUGUCGGCGCGCGGGCCGGCGAGCGGUACCCGGCGCCAUGGUGGAGAAGGAGGAGGCCGGUGGCGGCAUCAGUGAAGAGGAGGCGGCGCAGUAUGACCGGCAGAUCCGCUUGUGGGGAUUGGAGGCCCAGAAAAGGCUGCGGACCUCCCGGGUGCUCGUGGUUGGAAUGAAGGGACUGGGGGCUGAAAUCGCCAAGAAUCUAAUCCUGGCUGGUGUGAAAGGGCUGACCAUGCUGGACCACGAACUGGUGUCUCCUGAAGAUCCUGGAGCUCAGUUUCUGAUUCGUACUGGGUCUGUUGGGCGAAAUAGAGCUGAAGCCUCUUUGGAGCGAGCUCAGAAUCUCAACCCCAUGGUGGACGUGAAGGUGGACACAGAGGACAUAGAGAAGAAAACAGAGUCAUUUUUCACUCAGUUUGAUGCUGUGUGCCUGACUGGAUGUUCCCGUGAUGUCAUCAUUAAUGUUGACCAGAUCUGCCACAAAAACAGCAUCAAGUUCUUCACUGGAGAUGUCUUUGGCUACCAUGGUUACACAUUUGCCAAUCUUGGAGAGCAUGAGUUUGUCGAGGAGAAAACCAAAGUUGCCAAAGUUAGCCAAGGAGUGGAAGAUGGGCCUGACACUAAAAGAGCAAAACUUGACUCAUCUGAGACAACAAUGGUGAAGAAGAAGGUGGUCUUCUGCCCUAUCAAAGAGGCGCUGGAGGUUGACUGGAGCAGCGAGAAGGCCAAGGCUGCCCUGAAGCGCACGGCCACUGAUUACUUCCUCCUGCAAGUGCUUCUGAAGUUCCGCACAGAUAAAGGAAGAGACCCCAGUUCUGACACCUGCAGGGAGGAUUCGGAGCUGCUGCUCCAGAUCCGGAAUGACAUGCUGGACUCGCUAGGUGUUCGUCCCGACCUGCUUCCCGACGACUUUGUCAGGUACUGCUUCUCCGAGAUGGCCCCGGUGUGUGCGGUGGUUGGCGGGAUCUUGGCACAGGAGAUUGUGAAGGCCCUGUCUCAGAGGGACCCACCACACAACAACUUCUUCUUCUUCGAUGGCAUGAAGGGCAGUGGGGUUGUGGAGUGCCUGGGCCCCAAGUGAGCCCAAGCCCACAGCCUGCCCCAGUGUUACCGUCCCUCACCCAGGUUUCCUGCAAGAACAGCCCUCCUCCCCUGAGGUCAUGAGGAGAGGGGUGUGACUUCAGAUGAGGACUGGCCCGACCCAGGAGAGCCCUCAGCAGAACCCUAGUUCCUCCAGAACCUCAUCAGGCGCCUCUGCCUGCAGUGUGGAGGAAGUCUUGUUGGGGUGGUGUGAUGGGUGGAGUGCCCUCCCUCUGCCGACACUGUCCUUGGCUUGUGGCCCUGCAGGCCUUCGCCAAGGCCAAGUCUGUCCACUGGGCCACGAGCCACAGCCCUUUGUGUUGUAACAGUUUUCUACAUUUUCUCCAUUUGUUUCAUGAGAAAUGAUAAUAAAGUUACUUGCUUUACAA